AUGAAUGUAUGGGUAUCGAUAAGAGUGCGUGCAGAGUGGCCGCUUGUUGCCGAGCCGGGCCGGCUGACGCUUAUUCCGAGAAUUUGUCAUGCGAGAAACAAGUUUGAGUGUGCAUAGUGAAUGCGAGAAUCAGCGCUGAUAUUUUAUCUAUUAUUUGUGUUUUAUGUAUGUUUGGGUUUGUUGUUCAUUCGUGUUUGUGAAAUUGAAGUGAAAAGAUAUGGAUUCGUCAGAUGAUGAGUAUUUAGCUUCGGCUACUGUUUUAAAGUAUUUUAUCAAUAAAAAAUCAUUUGGAAAACAUCCAAUAAAUGAUAAACGAAGUGAAUUUGGAGAAUUUCAUCACUUAUAUAGUGAUUUAAGAAAAUAUCCUGCCAAGUUUAAAGAAUAUACUCGAAUGAGUAUUGAAACUUUCGACUAUAUUCUCGAAAAGAUUGGUGAUAAAUUAAAAAAGAAGUGGAGUAAUUUUAUUAAAGUGCCAAUAUGUCCAUGUGAACGCUUGAUAGUAACUCUCAGAUUUCUGGCAACUGGAGCAUCAUUUGCCUCACUAGCUUUUUCGUUUCGGCUAGGCAAAUCAACAGUAGGAGCUAUUGUUAAGGAGACAACCCAAGUUCUAUGGGAUAAUAUGUUUACUAUACAUAUGCCGCAGCCAAACGAACAAUGUUUUCAAGAAAUUGCAGAGCAAUACUGGAAGCUAUGGAACUUCCCAAAUUGUAUUGGUGCUAUCGACGGGAAGCACAUACGAAUCAAGUGUCCAGGAAAUACUGGCUCCAUGUAUUAUAAUUAUAAACACUUUUUUUCUAUUGUGUUGCAAGGUAUUGCCGAUGCCAACUGCAAAUUUAUUGCGGUUGAAGUUGGUGGAUACGGAAAGCAAAGUGAUGGUGGCACUUUUAGCUCUUCCAAAAUCUUUAAUCUUUUAAAAAGUGGAGAACUACCUGUACCAGGAAAUACAUGUCUGCCAAACAGUGAAGAAAUUGUGCCAUAUGUAUUUCUUGGGGAUGAGGCUUAUCCCCUUUUAGAAUGUUUGUUAAGGCCGUAUAGCCGAAAGGAGAUAACGGAAGACCAUGAAUAUUUUAAUGCCCGGCUUUCAAGAGCUAGAAAGUGCAUUGAAUGCGCCUUUGGGUUAUUAAGUGCAAGGUUCAGAAUAUUAUGGAAACCCAUUGAAACGGAUCCUUUGUUCGCUGAACUCAUUGUAAAAUGUAUAUGCCUUCUACACAACAUAAUUAUUGAUUUAGAGGGAUUAGAUGAAAAUUUAAAAGAAGAAGUGCAAAAAGAACAUUUGGAAAAAAUCAUAAAAGAAUUCAAUAAAACAAGUGUCAAAAAUGGUAGAUUAAUAAGAGAUAAAUUUUGUAAUUUCGUAUGCAUGAAUAAAAUAUAAUAAAUUUCAAUGUAACUUA